UUGACUCCCAUGGGCUCCCGGAGCAACAAGUAACAACCAGAGUGGCAACCAAGUUGCAACUCCAGACUUCUGCUUUGAAUGUGCCAAAGUGCCCCAAAGACAGCGGUGCCUAGGAGCAGAGGGCGCGAUGGGGAGUUUCAGAGGCCAUGCCCUCCCUGGGAGCUUUUUCCUUUUGAUGGGCUUUUGGUGGAAUAUAAAGUUCACCCUGAAAUACGUCUGCAAGAAGAACAAGCGGGCGUGUUAUCUUGGAUCCAAAGCGGGAUUUCGACGAGUGGAAAUUAUUGAGGGAGCAGUGAAAGUCUCCAUGGCGCUAAUUGGCAUGACGGCAGAGCAGUUUGUUCCAGAUGGACCCCACAUGAACCUGUAUAACUAUGAGGAGAAACACUGGGAUCACCUAAUGAGCUGGCAGCACGCCACGAUGUAUUUCUUCUUCGGCAUCUCCGGCCUGGUAGACAUCCUGUGCCUCACGACCAACAUGCUGCCUCUUUCCUUGAACAAGCUGAUGCUGUCAAAUGCCUUCUUUGUGGAAAGUUUCAUCUUUUUCUUCCACACACACGGGCGAGCUAUGCUGGACGUUUACAUCCAUCAGCUGCUGGUGCUGUCUGUCGUGGGCGCGGCGUUCAUUACGUUCCUGGAGUUCUUCUUCCGGAGCAAUAUCGGUCUGGAGCUCCUCCGGGUCAGCUUCUGUCUGCUGCAAGGUAGCUGGUUCUGGCAGAUCGGCUUUGUCCUCUAUCCCCCCAACGACGGUCCGGAGUGGAACCAGUCGGACCACGGAAACAUGCUGUUCCUGACUAUAUGCUUCUGCUGGCACUACGCUUUCACGUUCCUAAUCUUGGGCGUGAAUUUUGCUCUUAUCACCUGGUUGAUUAGGUCGAGAGUCAAGCAGAUCUAUCCUGCCGAGAUGGGUUUAUUGAAAACAGCCGAACGUGACCAAGAAUCUGAAGAAGAAAUGUAACUUUAUUAAGGACUCCGGCUUCACCAGUCAAUCCUUGUCUGUGGUUAGGUUAACCAUUGCUUCGAUUUUGCUGAGGGGGCCUGCUUUGUCUUGAUCUGUGGUUUUAUUCGUGUCUUUAUGUGAUUCCAUCAGCUGUAGCCUCCCAACCUGUCGACUGAUCAGUCUUUAGAUAUGUUGGUUUAGGCCUGGUUUCUCGCAUGACAUCCAGCAGGCUUCAAGCCCAGUCCCCUGAGGUUCGGUAUGGCACGGGAAGUGUCAUGUCUCGCUUUUCCCGAGUAGGGCUCAGGUUAUCCAAACUAUCCUUGUGAAAAUGGAUUCCACCUUGAACCUGGAGUUCCACAUUCUCAUCCCAACGCUGUCUGUCCGCAUCUUGGACCGUUACCUCAAACCCCAACCUCAGUAGAGUUUGGAAGAGGUUUUAUUAGGGGUAGGAGGGCAGUCGGAGGAACAGGUAAACGUAGCGAGUGCUUGGGACGUUAUUUUUAGUGGGUUUCUGUGCACGGGACAGGGCCCCCAUGGGUGAAAGCCAGUAGCCCCCAGACACUGGAAAUCUGAGUUCUUCCCUGCCUCUUUCUUGUCUCCCUACCUGCCCGUCCUGAUUGCAGCUCCUCGUUGUGGGCAGGGAAUGUGUGUCUGUUUAUUGUUAUACUCUCCCAAGUGCUUAGUACAGUGCUCUGCACACAGUAAGCGCUCAAUAAAUAUGAUCGACUGACAGUGUGCGGGACAUCGCAGGGCAGGUGGAGCCAGUGUCUUCUCCGUUCAGUCUUGGGAGAGGAAAAUUCAAGGAGGGGAACUACUGCAGCAGCAACUAGUUUCACUCUCGAAAUCCUUCUCUCAUCCCUGCCCUCCAUUCCCGCCACCCCUUCUCCUCCAGACCAGGCCCGGGGCUGCCCAUUGGAGGCUUUUCUGUGGUUUCCAGACGCUUAGCCCCGGCCCUGUUCUGGCGAGAUGAGUGCGUAUUCCUUCGGUCCAAACUGAGAGCCCGGGAGCAAAAACAAGGCUACAUUUGGGGCCCCUGAUGGGGCAGGGGGAAUGGGAAUGACAGGACUUCUGGGAUCGUGGCUCGCGUUUAAGGUGAGAUAGGGAAAAGAGAUGUUGUUGCAUCAUCCCCUGCACGUUUUGACACUGAGCCGACAGAUUGAAAGGACCACAGGGUGAGUCUGCUGCCGUUCUGGUUUUGUUACAUCCUGGGAGAUGCAGAGCUAACAUCACAGAGAAGGCGAGAGGCAGGCCUUGAAGAUGAGAGGCUUAGCCUUGACUUCGGCCUAAUGUUGAGCUCAAGGGUAUGGAAUGGUGGACAGUCUUACCUGGCAAGGAAGCUGCUCUCCUUUGCUUUGUGUCUAGCUAUCUUGUCGUUCCCAGAGAACAGGAUUCUGUAAAACGAGGGUGCUGGGUGGGAGAAACCCGUGAAGACAGACUUCACCCUGGGGGGAAGGAGAGAGAGGCUUCUAGAGAGUUUGAAGCAGUCUGAGCCUUUCAACCACCCCCCAGCAUCCAGAACCAUUGACAAAUCCGACGGUGAAUACCAGAUUGAACAGUCAGGAGGGUUGGUGAAAGGACGCUUCGAAACUUCACACAGGCAAGACACAUUUUCAAACGUGCUUAUGGUUCAGAAAGAAACAGGCACCUCAGUCGAGGGGGUAUUUCAUUCCAUUACAUGGGAUCGAUGCAUUUCCAAAAACGAAUUGCUCAGCAGGUUCCAGGCAAUGAUAAAACCCCCUGUCGUCUAUCACUUAGGACGCUCAGCUCAUGUCACAUUUCCACCCCAGUUUUGCCCCGUGUCUCCACACUGUUCUCUUUUGCAGUGAAUUUUCACAAGCCCGGAGGGGGUGACUUGGUUAAACAGGUCUCAGUCGGAGGCACAGACAGACAGACAGAUGAUGUCCAUGUCUGUAAGAAUUCUUAUUAUCGGCUUUAUCAGUGGUGGAAUCUCAUGUGGAGAUGGCCAGCUAUUCCAACAGGGAGCCUUUGGGAGCGGUCGGAAGUUUCCCCCGCCACAGAAAUGAUCUCUGAAGGAGAUGGCCCAUAAUGGAUUUCUAGCACAGCUGGGCAGGUAAAGACCUUGGUGCUAUCUGAAUACUGUCUUUCAAACAGUGUCUUUCAAAUGAGCAGGUACUGUCAUUACUGUCAUGAUUUUAUCACUGCAUUGGACUUUUUUUUGUAAAC